AUGUCCAUAAAGAAUUUCGAGUCUACCCACACCUGCGGUCAACAUGGAGCAAAUGCUGGCAACUCAAGGGCAUCAAGGAAGUUCAUUGCUAGCCAAAUACAAGCUGUUUUGAAGGUUAGGCCAGAUCUUCGUGCGGUCGAUAUCAAGAACGACAUGCUCUCUAAUUUUGGCAUCAAGAUUAACUACAGUAAAGCGUGGUGGAGCAAGGAGACAGCUCAACAGGACCUGUUCGGUGACGAUGAUGAGGCUUACGAUUCACUGAGAUGGUAUGAAUCCAUGGUGCAUGCAACUAAUCCAGGGAGUCGUGUUGUUAUUGAUGCUGAUGACGGGAGGUUCAGGCGACUGUUCAUUAGUUAUAAUGCCUGUAUUGAAGGGUUCAUUGCUGGGUGUAGGCCUCUAUUGUUUUUGGAUGGAACAUUUAUUAAAGAUCGUUACAGAGGCAUACUACUUAGCGCUACUGGGUAUGACGGCAACCAGGGAAUAUUUCCCCUAGCUUAUUGCGUAUGCGACCAAGAGAAUGAGGUUAACUGGAAAUGGUUCUUACAAGGAUUAUGGACGUUACUGUAUGAUAGGGAAAAUCCUUACCAACCUCCACAUCGACUGGUAAUGAUUUCAGACGCCGACAAGGGUAUCAGGGCAGCAGUCGAGGAAUUCUUUCCAGAUGCAUUCCAUUCAAGGUGUGUUCUGCAUCUAGUCGAGAAUUUCAAAAAAAAGAUGAAGGAUUUUGGGCACAAGGCAAAUAUCGCGACUACGUUGGGCGAGCUGUUACAAUCUGCGGCUUAUAAGUUCACAAUAUCUGAAUGGGAUAAUGACAUGAAAGAAUUGGCAGCGAUCGAUCACAGGGCUUAUGUCACUGUAAUGGAAUACUCCCCGGAGAGAUGGGCAAACGCGCAUUUUCCUGGUAUAAGGUAUGGCCAUGUUACUUCAAACGUUGCUGAGUCCUUCAACAGCUGGAUAAGAAAGGCACGAUUGUUGCGAAUCUUACCUUUGGUUGAGACCAUACGGAAGCAAAUAAUGGAGCGCAUGCAUGAAAGGAGGCUAUUGGGUCAGAAAUGGUCUGGAUACCUAUGCCCGGAAGCGGAGUUGGUGCUGAGUGAUAACAUUCAGCAUGGUAGCUGCUUGGCGAUUAAACAUUCGACGGAAGAUAUUGUGGAGGUCGAGUCCAAUAAAACUUGCCGCGUAGAUUUGAAGAAUCGGACUUGUUCUUGCAGGUCCUGGGACAUCACCCGCAUUCCCUGCAAACAUGCGUGCGCUGCAAUUACAUGGAUGGGACGAGAAAUUUAUCAAUAUUGCGAUUGGUACAUGACUGUUGUUGCGUUCAGAGCAAGCUAUGCACCGAUCAUCUAUCCCAUCCCAGAUUACGAGAAGCGCUUUCGCCCUCUUGUGGAGAGGUCCCUUGCUGUUAUUCAGCAGCGUUUGGUUGUCACGGUCACCGGCGUAUAUUCUCUGCUACUGCAUUCAAUGUUCCUCCUAGUUCCCAAGGAGAUAGCUAACCUUAACAACAGGGAGCUAACGUUAGCAACCAUUCCAUAG